UGACACGACAGUGUGGGAGCGAGCAGGCAACAGCACAUAAAAAAGAGGAGUCAACUUUUCUGGGACCGAAAGAAGCGAAAAUUCCGUGCCGAUCGUGUUUGCGCUUUCCUGGAUUUUUCAAGCCAGGUGCAAAGAAAAGUCGGAAAAUUGGGUGCACCGUGCAGCUACACCGUUCGCUACACAAGCGCACACACACGGCCGCCUACGCAAACCGAUAGAUCCGGUGCAGCGAGCGUGAUUAGCUUUCAAUUCCCCCUCCCGACACUCUCUGCACGGACCUGGAACUGCAACGCGUUCCAACCCGGGGGUAGUAGUAGUGGUUGGUUGUCCCUUGGCCUGAUAAUUGGAGCGGUGCCGCCGACCGUCGAACGUCCUCCCGGUAUUGACCGACCGCGAAGACCGCGUUGAAGACGUCCUGGUGUUUGUGUGUGUGUGCUGCUGUAUUGCUGGAGCACGCCAAGGAGACGGUUUUUAUCGUAUCUUUGAAGCGAGCGUGUGCUUGUGUAUGUGUCAGUGCAGUGUGUAUGUGUGUGUGUUGAUGUUGCGGUGCGUGUGGUUGUGCGUUAGUAAAAAAAGUGAAUCCAAGUAGGCAGGGCCCACACCAAAAGCGGGGUCGUGCAAAGUCGUUGUCCACAAGGCCCCGUUGUUCGUACCACUCUCAUCCCACGGGAGCUGGCAGAAGUUGUUUGCGUGGAAAAGUGUUUUUAUAAUUAAUUUGUUGGUGCAUUGAAGUAAGACGGGCGGCAACGUCCUCGAGACCCCACCCCCUACCAGCGACACACAAGGGCUCUCGCGAAACGCCGCUGACGAUCGUGAGAUCACGCGAAAGGAGUGGCAGCAAAAAAAGAAGCGCCGAAUUUGGGAAGCGAAGCGAAGGAAAGUCCCAUCCCUUCCCGGGGUUUAGCGAAACCAGCAAACAAGACAAAUUUGACGUAACUUACCACCACCAUCGCAGGGGCAAAGACAGUUUGCCAGUUUUGGAUGAGCAAAAAUGAUUCUGCUAGAGAUCAACAACAGAAUUGUGGAGGAAACGCUUACAGUGAAAUUCAAGAAUGCAAUCGCAGGAAACAAGGCGGAAUCCAUCGAUGUGACGGUAGCAGACUUCGAUGGAGUUUUAUUUCACAUCUCGAACAUAAACGGCGAUAAAACGAAAGUGCGAACGAGCAUAUCGCUAAAAUUCUACAAGCAGCUACAGGAGCACGGUGCCGAUGAGCUGCUGAAGCGCGAGUAUGGCGACCUGCUGGUAGCCCCCGAGGACGGGUACAACGUGUCGGUGCUGGUCGAUCUGGAAAACAUACCGGAAAACUGGGAGGAAACGGUGCGAAAGAUCGGCCUGCUCAAGCGAAACUGCUUUGCCUCGGUGUUCGAGAAGUACUUCGACUUCCAGUCGCAGGGCGAGGGCGAAGGCGAGGGCCAGAAGCGGGCAGUAAUUAACUAUCGUAACGAUGAAACGAUGUACGUUGAAGCAAAGCCGGACCGUGUGACCGUCGUGUUUAGUACGAUAUUCCGCGACGAGGACGACGUAGUGUUAGGGAAAGUGUUCAUGCAGGAGCUGCGUGAGGGCCGAAGAGCUUCCCACACGGCGCCGCAAGUAUUAUUCUCCCACCGGGAGCCACCGCUCGAGCUGGCCAAUACCGGGGCACGGGUCGGCGAGAACAUAGGCUACGUAACGUUCGUACUAUUCCCACGGCAUACUGCGAAGGAAACGCGCGAUAACACGAUCAAUUUAAUUCACAUGUUCCGUGAUUAUUUGCAUUAUCAUAUUAAGUGUUCGAAGGCAUACAUCCACUCCCGAAUGCGGGCAAAGACGACGGAGUUUUUAAAGGUGCUCAACCGUGCUCGACCGGAGCCCAAAAUAACGGAAAAGAAAACAAUAACCGGCCGAACAUUCAUCAGAAAAGAAUGAUUCUAGAAGUUGUCGGACGCGUCUAGUUGUUAAAUGUGUAAGUAUUCAAAACGAACCUAAUAAAAGGAGGAAAAGAGACGGCACGAGAAAAGCGCAAACGGAGGGAAAACCGAUGGCAGAAAUCCCAACUGGUCUCUCUUUUUUCGGAAGGAAGUGUAAGUGUAAAGGAAGUGGGUUUUGGGCAAAUUCUGCUAUCGCGAGGACAAAACAGUGCAGUGUCCGUGAUUUGGUAGGCAUAAAACCAAACCACCAUCCCCACUCUUCUUCGCCGAAGCAUCGUAAGCAAAUAAACCAUUUUCAAGCUGGUAACCGAUUUGUUUUCGACAGUGUGUUCCUCUUUGGUGGGGACGGGGGUACGCACACCCACCCAUCGGUGUAGGAAAUGGCCAACGAAAUAGUAAUUGUAAGCCACAGCAAGAGCAAAUGGUGCAUAGGUGUGUGUGGUAUAUAUAAGCUAACAUCAAACAAAUCCUAGCCUGUUACAAUAGAAUUCUAAACUUCUCACCCGAGAUAGCCCGAGAGAAAAAAGGGGAUAAAGGCCACCACAAUUUAGCCUAUUACACAGUUUGACACACAUUUGAUAGUUAAAAAUUAGUCGAAAUUAUACACUUUCGAACCAACCCACAUACCCACAUGCCGCAAAAUGGAUGCAAAUUCAAACACACCAUUAUAAGAGGAAAAAAAACAGUCAGUAGCAUUCAUUCUUAAUCGUCGCUGCCAAUGUGAAACAAAACAAGAAAAAAGCUGUAUUGUGUAAACAAAUAGAACUCAACAAAAAAAAAAACGUUAGGAAAAUAGGGCCAAAUGUAAGGACACUCCUUUGCAGGGGGGAGUGGGCAAUUCUUAACGGCUUUGCUACAAAACAAGAGGAAAAAG